AUGAAGCGCCUACGGCGGCAAUGGCGGGCAGAUUUAGCACCUGUUGUAGGCCUACUGCUGCACGCUGCGCCGGGCGCGGACUUGGGACGGCCCGCGGGCAUUCACCCGCUGCGCGGGCAGCCCGCCUGGGACGACGAGGAGGAAGUGGACGCGGGGGGCGCGGGGAGCGGCGCUGGCGGAAGCGGCGGCACGGUCGCCUCGAGCGCGAUGGGGGAGGGCACCGGGGGUCUGGGCGGCGGCGGGGGCGGGAGCGGCGCGUUUCCGGUGCACGGGGAGCUGACGAUCUCGUCCGCGGCGACGGCGGCGUCUUCGCGCGCGUUUCAGCGCGCGUGCCAGUCGCUGACGCCCGACGCGGCGUGGAUCUGCUACAAGGGCGGAGACGUGCUGGCGCGGCCGAAUCUCGCGCUGUACCUGGUGUGGUACGGCGACUGGGACAACGACCGCAAUGGCGGCGACAGCGGGCGGAAAUACAUCCGCCAUUUCAUCAACAGCCUCGGCAUGCCGGGACUGGAGGGCCUGCCGUCCCCCAACAGCUGGUGGCAGAUCGUGCGCCAGUACGCGGACCGCGCGGGCACGAAGCCCGGCGCGUACGUGACUAUAAAGGGCGAGUACGAGAACACGCAGUACUCGCAGGGCCGGCACCUGGGCGCCGACACGUCGAGCGUGUUCAACAUCGUCAUCGACGCCAUCAACGCCGGCGCGCUGCCCUUCGAUCCCAACGGCGCUUACGUCGUGCUGACGUCGGAUGACGUCACGCUGAUGAGCGCGGACCAAUCGCAGUCGUUCUGCGGGGUGAAGGGCAAAGGGUACUGCGGCUGGCACCACCAGUCGGGCGUCAUGCUCGGCCCCAACGAAAGCUACCCCCUCACCUUCACCCACGUCGGCAACGCGGCGACGCAGUGUGCGGCUGGGUGCAUAGGGGGCUUUGGCACGUACAAGCUACCCAACAGCGGGUACUGGGGCGUGGACGGCAUCGUCUCCAUCCUCGCCCACGAGCUCGCCGAGCUCGUCACCAACCCUGACGGCAAGUCAGGGUGGACGGGCAACAACGGGGAGAUAGGCGACAUGUGCUCCUUUGACUUUGGCGCUGUCACGGUGGGUGUGGACGCGGGCGGGCAGUCGUUCGGCUACAACAUGGCCUCUGCUGACGGCUCUGUCUUCCUCAUCCAACGCCUCUGGAACGCCUUCGCCCCCAUCGGCCACGGUAGCUGUGCGGUUGAGUUGCCCAAGGCCCUCACCAACAUGCCCUCCUCCUCCUCCACCUCUGCCCAGAGCGUCCAGUCCUCCUCCUCAUCCCCCGCCACCACCACACCCGCAGCCACUUCCACCCUUCCACCAACUCCUCUCUCCACGCUCGAAGCACCCAAGCAGUGCAAGGCAGUGCAGGCUCAAGCAGCAGCAUUCACAGGGAGCAUCGGUGGAGGCAACUGCUGCAGCGGGUACUCAGACGCGUUUGUGCGCGUGCCGUGGGACCUCAGCUGCAGCAGCUUCUUGCUCUCUCUCUUGCUGCAGCCUGUGCCCCUCUCUUCCAUGCUUGCUGCUGGCCUUCCACAGGACAUGCCUUUUACCUUGUGCUACCCUCUCUGCACUAUAGCUGGCAACGCGAGCAUGGCCUUGCCUGAUGAGCAUUUCAUCCUGCUGUGGCUGGGCCUCGACAUUCGUUUCGUGUCUCUUCUCAACGCCGAGUCGCCAUACCUCCCGCUCAUGCAGCUCUCCUCUCGCGCCUUGCGCCCACUUCCCUCCUCGCUCACCCACCACCGCGCAGAGCUCGCCUCCCCCGUGACCCCUCGUUGCUCCGCCAUGGGCUGA